UUAUAUUUUGGGCAAUCUUGAGGAAACCAUGGAGCCAAAAUUGCUUUUAACAUCUAAAACAACCACAAUUUUCCAUACAUCUCACAAAAGAAAUUCAAUCUUUAUCUUCUGAUACCAGUAUACCACCCCAUUAUCCCUCAAAAAAAUUUGAGUUAUUUCCCUUUUAAUUUUAAAAAAAUAUAUUUAUUGAUCAUCUAUUAUUCAUCUUCUUCAUACUGUGCACUCUCUCAUCUUCAUAAUUUUCUGCAAAUUUUUAUUUCGAAAACAGUCUUGUUCUUACCUCUUUGAUCUCUCUUCAAUGAACAAAAUUUCGCAGAUUUUUGUUUGGUCUAAAAAUAUUUUCAGUUUUUAACUUUUAAUCUUUUUUAUUUAAUUUUUCUUGUGACUGUUUUAAGUAAGUUGUACUAAAAUAAAAAAAAAAAAAAAAAAAAAAACUGUAAAAUCUCAUUCAACAUUUGAGAUUUCUUUUCAAGAUCAUCAAUAAAAAAAAUUAAUGUGUUCUUGCUAAUUUUGUUUUUUCAUAAUUUUGUUGAGAAAAUGGAAGAGAUGAAUACUAGUGGUGUUACAGUGGUGAAAUCAGAUGCACCAUCAGACUACCAAAUUGCUCCAAGAACUGAGCCCAGUACCACAAGAACAAUCCCACAAUCCAUCACAAGCCAACUGGCUGCAGCAUCAUCUCCGCCGUACACGGCGGCCGGAGUAACACCGGUGACAGAAAAGAAAAAAAGAGGCAGACCCAGAAAGUACGGUCAAGAUCAGUCAACUGUGGUCAGAAAGGCUUUAUCUCCAAAACCCAUCUCAACCGCUGCACCACCGCCGGUGAUUGACUUUUCCACCGGAAAAACUGGCAAAAUCCGGUCACCCUCCGCCGGAAAACAGCCAACACUCACAAAGAUUGAACCUUUAGGUGAUUGGGUUUCAAGCUCGGUUGGUGCUAGCUUUAUGCCGCAUAUCAUCAAUGUGCACACAGGAGAGGACGUGACGAUGAAGGUUAUAUCGUUCUCUCAACAAGGACCCCGUGCGAUAUGCAUUCUGUCUGCAAAUGGUGUAAUUUCCAGUGUUACCCUUCGCCAGCCUGACUCGUCGGGUGGUACAUUGACUUAUGAGGGCCGUUUUGAGAUACUUUCGUUGGCGGGUUCAUUUAUUCCGUCUGAGAGCGGAGGAAUAAGAAACAGAUCGGGUGGGAUGAGUGUUUCUCUGUCAAGCCCUGAUGGGCGUGUCGUUGGCGGCAGCGUGGCCGGUCUUCUGGUUGCCGCCAGCCCCGUGCAGAUUAUCGUUGGAAGUUUCUUGACAGGCGUCCAGCAGGAACAGAAACCCGCCAAGAAACAGAAGCCCGAUAACAUAACAAUCACACUCCCGACUACAGCUGUGGUUCCAGUUCAGGUUCCGUUUUCAGUUCAGUCGUCAGCACUGGUUCCCGUGCCAGCGCCGGCGCCGGCUCCAGCUUCUGAGACCAGCGAACAGAAUUCUGCUAAACAAAACAUAUCGCCGCCACCUUCAUUUCGAGGCGAUAAUUGGUCUUCCCAUGAGUCUCGGAGCAAGCCAACCGACAUUAACGUCAGCCUUGAGUAGUUAGUUACAAGGGUAAACUGACUGCGGUGGUGAUUAGACUCAUAAUUUGGUUGUUUGUAUGUAAAACUCUUCGGGGGUGCUUUUAGUUUAAAGUUUGAUAGGAGAUUUGAUGACUAGAAUUAGUUUUUCGGUAGAAGUUUCGUGUUUUCAUCAUCGUCAUCAUGUGUUGUCUGUCUCUGUAAGAUGAUUUGGAAUUUCCCAAUUCAUCCGAGUUAUUUUAUAAAACUUUGAGAAAUCGUGUUUCUUAUGGA